AUGGUUUGGACGGCUGUUAUUAAGCCAUCAAAUGACUUAACAAAAGGCCGACCGACUCAACAAACAAGUCCUCUGACGGCCUCUAAUGUACGCAAUGAAGUCAUUAUACCACUAAUAUCUUCAGCAACUGAGUAUAAUCCUGAUGUACCAUAUUUUGAUGGAUUAACAAACUUUCCUCAAUUUGACAAAUAUAUGGAUGAAUCGCCACCAUUCAGGCGUCAACCACCACCACCUCCAACUCCACCCCCACAAGCACACGAUGACCCCCGAUAUAGACAAUUAUCUAAUGAUGAAUCUGAUGACUAUUAUGAUGGUGGAGGUGGUGGUGGUGGCGGUGGUGGCGGUGAUGGCGGUGGUGGCGGUGGUGGUAGUCCUCAGGAAACACCAACUAAAAAGCCUAAAAAGAUAUAUAAAGCCAUAGAAAGAGUCUAUUUUUAUCCACAGGACGACAGUAAUCACGAACCGACUAAAAAUAAAAAUGCAAUGAAUCUCAUGAAAAGACAAUUAAAGAACGGUAUGCCUGAAAAAGAGUAUCCGUUUUUAGAAGAACCAGAACGUGAUGAUGAAGACUAUCAAAGUGAAUACGAUCCACGAAAAGAUUACCGGCAAAUGGACGACAACCCUCCCCGACAGGAACAUGAAGAUCCUGAUCCUGAUUUCCAGCAAAAUGCUCCCGAAUCGGAAGAUCCAGAAUUGCAGUCGAGUAUUGCAGAAGACGCUCAACAAUUUAAUGGGGUCAAGGAGUUUGAAACGGAUGACACGGCUGUAGAUAAGGAUGACCCUGAAGGCGAUACAUUGACUAAGAAUAUGGAUAAUACAAAUUUUGGUGAACGUAUUGACCCGAACCCUACUUAUAGGGAAUCAUUAGCUCAUACUCUCCAAGACUCAGACAACAGUCCAAAUGAUGGUGAUUAUGGAAAUAUUCAUAAUUUUCCCGAUUCUGAUGAAUAUGAAGUGGAAAAGAAAAUGUAUGAAAAUCCCAACAGUCAACAACCGGUAAGAGGUGGGCAUCGAUACCAUAAAGACAGACGACGGCCGCGAAGAAAGCCUGUUGUGGAGCCAUACGAACAGCGAGACCACGAAGUAAGCGGUUUGGUUGACUCCGAAGCUGAUGAGCGCGACUAUCUGUCCAACUAUGAUGUGGUCAAACAAAUGAGAAAUUCAGAAAACAAGUACAACACAGGAGUGGAUCCGGUGUACUCUUCGAAGAAAGACUUCGAUGAAGUGCAACGAUUGGAAAAAAUGAUCGAAAAAGUGGCACUUCUUAACAAACAGAAGGAGAAGACGGCCUCAGCUGAUCACGACAACAGUAGUCGCAAUGAAGGAGAAGCCAGUGAGACAAAUGUCUCAAAAAUUAAGCCAAACAAUGACAAAGACAACAAACAUAGAGAUGAAGAAUAA